UCGUUCAGAAAAAAUUCAAAUGGUUUGGAGAACGUUUGGGGACGAGACGUGUGUCGCGGUUUUUUCGUGACUACUGUGCGUUCGCAGAUUUUGCCUUGCAAGUUGCAACAAACUGAUAAAAGAUUAUUGUGUUUUUUGUUUACAUUCGCGUUUUGUGCUUUUUUAUUUUUAAUCGGAAUUGUAUAGGAGUAAAAAAAAAGUGAAUGAGACAAUAAACAUUCGGGUUGUGUUGUGUUUUCGUUUUUAUACAGACGCAAGAAUAACAUUUUAAUAUUGUCGGAAAGUGAGUUUUUAACAGCUGUUCCUGCAUAGUAUGCUUCAUGUUGUCGUACACAUAUGGAUUUCCUCAGUGCAGCCAGUAAAAGUUGAGUGGCAGAUAAAGCGGCCGUAAAGCCUGCUACAGAUGUGCCAACACGUCGGCUACCAACUCGUCUUGACUUGCGCUAUUUGAGAGAAAUAAGUUGCCGGCUGCAGCCAAUGUCCUCGCCGGGUAUGGAGCAGCAGUGGAUUACGAAGUUAAUGAACUAAUCUAGCGUCUUCAAUGCGGGAGGCUGCGUCACCGAUGUUGUUAUGACGAAAACUCUCGCUCACAAAACGAAAAACAAACACGCGCUAGCGAAAGUAUAACAAGAAAACUUAUCGAUACUGGAGUCAUCAAAUUGUUUUUCUUGCAAGCCAGUAUCGGAUUCCGCAGUGACAAAACGAUAAAGUGUUACGUUGUUAACGAAAAUUCGUUGCGAUUAAAUCGAUAGAUAUAAUAAUAUUUAUUGAUAACGUGUUUAAAUUUUUCGUAACGGCAUACAGUGAAAGAGCGUAGCCGUAACACGACGUGUUUUACGAGUAACUAGUGUCAGUGUGUGUAUGUGUAACAUAAUCAAUAUAUUGAGGGUGUGUGCGUGUGUUGUGCUUUUUAAAUCUUCGGAUAUCGAAUGUGCUUUUAAAAUGCGCGUGGAGGGUCUGUGGUCCGGGCUGGCGGCACUGGGAUGGUUCGUCAGUAUAGUGGGAUGUCACACGCCGGGUAGCGAGCUCGAGUCCGUAAGGUACGGACCCUCGGAGGAGAGAUUCGGCAGUGACACCUAUACUGUUGCCAGUAUAAACAUCACGUACAAGGAUGAGCACGGUGAAGUCUACACAGAGACGUCAGAGUCCGGCAAGUACGGCGAGGGCUACAUCGGCUCAUCCCGCGGCAUGGCGGUCCACGUCCGCGGCAAGGGCCCCGACGGCGAGCGCGACCACACGGGCUGCACCUGGCCUCUGCUGUCCGCGGCUGCUCCCACCGAGCCGCUGCCUCGCGAGCCCUGGAUCGCGGUGAUUCGUCGAGGCAGCUGCAACUUUGAGAUUAAGGUUCAGAAUGCUUGGCGGGCGAACGCUUCGGCCGUGCUCAUCUACAACGACCGGGACACCACUGUGCUGGAGAAGAUGAAACUAUCCACCGACAACGGUCGCAACAUAAGCGCGGUGUUCACAUACCGGUGGAAGGGCGAGGAGAUCACGCGUCUGGUGGACAACGGCACGAGGGUCAUGAUCGGCGUCAUCAAGGGCCGUACCUACACACACAUCAAUAGCAACAUCAAUAACGCGAGCGAGGCUGGUACUAUUUACUCGACAUCGGUUCUGUUCGUGUCGAUAUCGUUCAUAGUGCUGAUGGUGAUCUCGCUGGCGUGGCUGGUAUUCUACUACAUACAGCGCUUCCGGUACAUACACGCUAAGGACCGACUGUCGAAAAGAUUAUGCUGUGCUGCUAAGAAGGCGUUGUCCAAAAUACCCGUGAAGAGUUUAAAGACUGAUGACAGGGAAGUGCAAGGCGACGGCGAGUGCUGUGCGAUCUGCAUCGAGCCUUACAAGGUGUCGGAGACUCUGCGCUCGCUUCCGUGUCGGCACGACUUCCACAAGAGCUGCAUCGACCCUUGGUUGCUAGAACACCGGACGUGUCCCAUGUGUAAGAUGGACAUACUCAAGUAUUAUGGCUUUGUGUUCACGGGCAGUCAGGAGAGCAUCUUACAGUUGGAAGUAGAGGAAGCGCGCACGUCGCUCAGUCCGGGUCGCAACCGACACCCGCUCACACUGUUAACCAGCGACAAUUCGUACGAGGAGGCCAGCAGCGAGCGCAGCAGUCGCGCCGCGUCGCCCGACCACCUCGUGCCCGCGCGCACCGACCCGCCGCCCGACAGAUCAUGCGGCGGGUCACCGACACAUAGUCAAAGAGACGAAUGUUCCCGCGAGGACGCCGCGUCCGUCAGCUCCCGCUCCUCCGCUCACGACUGAGCCCCGCCCCCCGCCCCCGCCCCGCGCGCGUCCGUGUGAAGUGACCCCGCAGUGAUGUGUUCAUUUACGACCACCACCAAAAAUACUCACAAAUUACAAAAAAAAAUGACUUCCAGUCAAUGGUAUUCUAUGUGCUAAAGGAUUUCACGUGCCGAAAGUCUGAUAUUCCCUAUAUUUCACAUUUUUUUAUUCCCAUAUACAGGGUGUAACCAGAACGCUAGCAACAACAGGUGAUAGUGCUGAUGAUUACCGAUAAGAUGCCGUAAAAAAAAAAAACAACCAAAAAAAUAUUUAAAAAUCCUGUAUUUUUUAAAAGUUCACAAUAUAUUGCAAAUAAAACACCUGACUGACGUUGGAGGUUAACGAACGUUCCGUAAAUAGGUUACUCGAAGUCAAUACUGCAUCGUAGGUAGGGCAUUGACCCGAGUUUUGCACGCUAUACGAUGCGGGUUUGAAAAAUAUAUUAAAUCACUAUAAUUGGCAUUGGAUUGUGUUAAGGUAGUAUAAUAAUAACGCUAAGUUUUUGCUAGCGUUCUGGUUACACAAUGUAUUUAGCGAUUUGGUAGCGCGCGCGAUGUAGCAAAAGAUCUGAGGCCAUGUAAGUUUUCAAGUAAAUAAACGUGGCAUUUGAGUUUGCGUAAAACUGUCAUUUAGUAUGGACGAGCAAACGUCAUAGUUUGACAACUCCAUACAAAGGAAGAUUAACGUAGCUUUCGCGUUUUUAAACGUGAGAACUUACACGGCUCAAGAAGGAACACAUACUAGGGCACACUGAUACCGAUCGAAACUUCACCACCCUUUGUACUUAAUACACUUAGUAUGAGCAUAUUUCGACAACAUUGGUAGAUUUCGAGUGUCGAAGUUUAAGGUUUGAGUUCAUCCAUUUAUCUACAGAAGCGGACAAGUUUGUAAAAUAAAAUCUGUUACAAAUCAAUUAAUUUUGUUGAAAUUUUUAUCAAACGUUAUAAUGUAAAGGGAUACUCAAAAUCUAUCUAUGAUGUCGAAUAGUACAAACUCGAAAUAAGGUUACAGAUCUUUGAAAAUACAACACGCGUGGCGUGAAGUGGUCGAACUUCUGACCAGGUGACAUGGCGUGACUUCUGGUCGGGUGGCGUGGCGUGACUUGUCGUCAAGUGGCUUGGCAAACAUUGGGUGUGGCGAAAUCCUUAGUACAUAGAAUACGAUUACUUCCAGUGAUACGAGUAAUUUGUGAAUGACAAGUGAUAUUUUUUAAUUAAUGAAAACUAUUUAGUUACGGACUAGUGUAGAUAGGCAAGAACCGCGACUCCGCCUAGUCAACGACUUUCGUGCGGUUGGUGCGUUUCGUGCUGCAGUGUCGCGAAAUGAAAAACGCAUAUUUUUAAAGUGAAAUCGUUCUCAGUGCAAAAGUGAUCUGUAAAAUAAUAUUAUCAACAUAAUUAUUUUUUUGAUUUUAUGUCAAAUUGCAAUGUCAUGUCAGAUUUAUUAUUAUCAGCCGAAAUUAAUAAUAAGUGUAAUGACUAAAUAUAAUAAAAAUUACUUCCCAUGCGCCAUUUUAACUUUAAGUGUCAAAUGAGUACAAUUUUAGUCCUUUUUAUAAAGGUAAACCAUACUUUUGACAUGACAGUUGAUCCAUAGAGAUAAAAUGGCGCGUCAAAAGUCAUUUUGUACAAACUAUAAUAUUAAAAUUUAUCUGUAAUCUAUCGAUAAGUUACGCAGCAACGUUGUUAUUUGUCAAAAUGGUUAAUAUAUUGAUAAUAAUCAACAACGUCGUUAAGUAACUUUUGACAAAUUGAUUAUAUUAUUGAUUUUUGGUUGAUUAUUAAUUUUAAUUGUGUGAAAAGAAAAUCAAGAUUGGUUACUACAUGAAUUGAGUCUAAAAUGUAGCUGUCAGGAUUAAUAUUGUCAUAUUAAUGUAAACUUUUCUUAAUUUUCUUAAAUUUUUCUUUCUCUCUUCUUUUUUUUCUCUCUUCGUUUUUCUUGACAGUUACUUGUAAUAUUUAGUAAAAAAAGAUAUUAAAUUGGUUUCAGUAGUAUUGGAUACUUUUGCAUUGAUAGCUUUAAAAAAACAGAGAUGGUAUGAGAAAAUUAAUGUUAUGCAAUGGGUUCUAAUUUGGCGCUAGUAAACUUGUAAAGAGUUAAAACAAUGCAAUGAAUUAAGAGAAGCAUGUUAGGAUAAAAAUGGUAAUCGAUAUUGGUUUAAAAGUCUUUUAACUGAAUUUUGCGUUGCAUAUAUUUGGGUAGGUAUAAGAGUACCUCUUACCUUAAAUACCUUCAUAAUUUUCUCUUCAGUUCUAGAACUUAUAAAAACCUCGGGACUUUACCUACACUGGCGAGUCAAUGUCUAUUAUUAUUUUUUAUUUUCAUUAUAUUUUAUUUAUUAGUAUUUGACACAGGCCGUCGUGGCAGCGUGACAAAGAGUUUUACAGUCCGUACAAAAUGACUUCUCACGCGCCAUUUUGACUCUUGAGGGUCAAAGGACCAAAUUUGUACUUUUGACAUGACAUUUGACACAAAAUUAAAAUGGCGCGUGUGAAGUCAUUUUUUACGCGUUAUAAAUCUUAUAAUAUUUUCAAACCUUUGAUUUUACGUCAUCUCUAGUGCUCAAAUACCUAAUAUUUGAUAGAUGUCGAUUCAGGAUCAUACAGAGAGUUUUCUCAAUGUAGUUUACUCUGAUGUCGUCUUUCGUCAGUCAUUUAUCACAAUCUGUGAACAAAUUAUUUGACAGUUAUUUUGACAGCAUUGUGAAUCGCUAGCGCCAACUUAGCACCCAUUUAACAGAAAGCUAAGAAUGUAUAGACGUAACUGCACUCAAAGAUCGCCUAUAUUUACGCAAAAAAAUGGUUUUACUUUUCUUUGUGUGCAGUUACCAAUAAAAUGCCAUUAUGAAAAAUCGAGCCCUCGAAAUUGUACUUAAAACUUGUUUGGAUGAUCUCAUAAGUAUAUCCUUAAUAUCAUUAAAAUUUUCAUUUUGGAUGUAUGGUACAUUGGUUGUGGUGGCCCUUUUUAUUAAUAAAUAAAUAUUGUUUGAUUUAAGGUUGUCCGUCCAUCGUUGUUAAUAAAUCCUUGGACAGAGCGGUGACCGUUGAAAUACAAUAAACAAAACAUUUAUGUGCCAAAUUUGUAUAUAAUGCAUACAUUUUGAGAUGCCACUCACACAAAAGUACUCAUACGGUUCGCCUUUUAAGGAUUAAAAUCGUACUUUUGGCAUGAUAGUUGACAUUUUGAGCUAAAAUGCUGAGUGAGAUCUCAAAAUAUGAUUGUCUCGCAAACAGCUUUAGAUAUUACUGAUGAUAGUUCCUAAACUAAGCUGACAGGAUUAAAAAUACUGCUGUUCUUUUCGGUAGUGCUCAUUUUGAGAAGGAUGGCACUACUUUUAGUUCUCUCAAUUUGAGGUUGAAAUCUAAAGAGAGCACUUUGACUUUGCUUAAACUUAAGUUUCAGUUAAAACGAGACAGAUAUAUGCCAGCGGUAUAACGCUGUCUCAUUUUAUCGGUGUCUUAAGUCUGAGCAAAGUCAAAGUGUGCUCUAUAGAUCUCAGCCUGAGUCAGUUUAGAGCUGAUUUUUCAAUCGCCAUGUAAACUUUUUUGAUACUUUGAUUUCUAAAAUAAAAAACUAUAUCAAAACGUUAUCCUCAGCUAAAUAUUAUUGUGGUGAUUGAAAAAUUGGUUUAAGUUUAGUGUACAACAAAAUUAACGCGAGUUCUUUUAGAAUACGGAUAUGUAUAUUUAUCGAUCGACAGAAUUUCGAAAUCAAUUUUUUUAAAUGAUAGUUUUUUUUUAAUAUGCAUAUAUGAUACAACUAAUUUUUUUACUAUUUUCUUACAGAAUAAAAAUGUAACUUGUUUCGAUUAAUUUUGAGCGGUCACCGUACUUUUUAGAUAAGUAAGUCUUUAAAACAAAUAAAAUCAUUGUGAGAUAAUUUUGAAAAACAACUGACAAAGAAUAGCACUUUUCCUUUUAAAAUUACAAUUGUUGCCAUAUUUCUAUUUCUGUGUUACGAACAAUUUGGUACUAAGGUAUGUUUUGUAAGCACAUAUUUUAUAACCCACCCUUAAAAUGUUUUGAUUUUCAAAUACUUAUAUACAUACAUAUAAUAUUUUUAUUAAAAUAUUCGUUUAAACAAAUAUUUUUAUCAUAUUUUUAUUUUAUUUUUAUAUCUUCUUUGAUACGAACGUAUAUUAUAAUGUUUUUAGAUGAAAUUUUCAGGUACACAUUUUGCAAUUUUAGAGGAAAAACUGCGUUUUUAAUGUUUUCCAAUAAAGUUAUCAUUUUCUUUCGCCGUUUUCUCAAAUAAGUUAGGAUUCAAGUCAAUAUAUAAUAUGUUGCGACACAUAUUAUAAGUAUUGCAUUGCUAGGGCUCACAUGUUCACAACCAUCUUCAGUGGCUAGUAUAUACAGAGUGUCAUAUCUAUUUGGGACAGUAUGUGAAUUUAAAAAAAAAUACAAUGAUUGUGAUUAUGAAACAUAAGUUGACCUUCGCUGACAUUGUUGAUUUCAGCAAUUUUUUACUAAAAAGCAAAAAAAAAUGAUAUCAAAAUCACUAAAUAAACUAAUGAAAUGAAAUGAUUUAUUUGAAAUGAUUUACUAAGUAAACUUAUUAAUGAAUUUUUGUAAAACAGCAAACAAUGGUUGGAAUGUAAUGCUGUAUUUAUUAGCAUAUUUUUGGAAUUGGCUCUUGGAGCCCUUUAACUUAGCAAAACACGAGAUUUUUUAAUUUUUAUUUAAAAUUUCAUUAAAAAAAAUUAUGACGUCAUAAUUUUUUUGGGCAUCGCUUGGCGGCACGGCUUUGCGUGUAGAGUGGUAACUAGCCACGGCCGGAGCCUCCCACCAGACCAGACCAGAUAAAGUUUGCAAAUUAUAAAAUUCCAAAUUUUUCCUGGCGGGAAUCGAAACCGGGUCUUCCCACUAAAAAAAAGUUUUUCUAUAUCACCUUUUUUGUAAGAUUCCCCCAUACUAGCCCAAAUAAACAAAACACCCUAAAGACUGUUUAAAGUUUCGUGGCUCUUAAAAUAUGGUAGUUAAUAAAAUCUAGUCUGAAUUUAACUAUGAAUUAUAUCGCUUUUUGAGAACUAUGUACCUAAAUGUGCCUACAUUUUUUCGGUUCCACUAUACAUUGUAUACCAAAGUUAUAUUAAUAAUUCGGUACUGAAAAGGCUUAUAAGGGAAUUCGCUAUAGAAUAAAAUGUAUUUUAUGACAAUGAAGUAAGGUUGAUUUUAUACUGACUCCUUUAUAACGAAGCUUGGGAUGCAUUGCGCUCAUCGAAAUCAUUGUUAUUGGCUAAACUUAUGGCGCAUUCACAUUAGGCCGGUAGCCGAAUUUAACGUGCAUUGUUACACAUCUGUUAAACAUCGGUUGACGAAUUCGGCCACCGACUUAAUGUAAAUACGCCCUAACUGUACUUUGAGCCAUGGGCAAGAGUGACGACUGAUAGGGAUUACGAUCUCAUUGCUAUUAUUGCAUUAAUAGUUUUGUAAUCGGGUCAGUGAAAGUCUCGCUAAGCGUCGUUCAUUGUAAAAUUAUAAUUUGGACCAAACUGAAAUAAUUAAAAAAUAUUCAACUCGAAAGCGUGAGAAACCAUAGUAAUUCAUUAGAUAUAAUCUAAGUACUACUUGUUUUGCAUGCGCUGCCGACAUAGUGAUAAUGUUUAAAGCAAAAUAAGCUCUCGCGCAUAUUAAUACGGCAUAAAUUAGCAUGCAAGGCUGGCCGAGAAGCUAUCUCGAGGUACUAUUGGUUCAAGAUCGUUUUCGAGUUGUAAAUCUACCUAUUAUUUAUUAUUAUAAAUCGAUUGUAUUACCAAGACAAAAUAAAUUCGUUGCGGGAAUAAUUAAAAUUUCACGCUGUAUCUAAUACAUUUCCGAAAAUCGCAAAUUCUAGAUUCUAGAAUUUAGAAUAUCAUCUAUUGUUAGCUGUUUCAGAACCGAUUUACUAUAAGAUUUGAGUUUCUUCCACGCAGAUGUCGGUCGCGUACAUCAGUCGUAAGUAUCUGUGACUGUAAUUGGUGCUGAUCCGGUUGUCCACUAACUAAAUUAACAGGUCUAGAAGGAAUGCUAUGCUUUUCUAUUGAGAAUAUUGUAAAAGAGAUAGCACUAGUUUUAGACCUGUUGAAUUAAGAGAUUGUGUUCGUCACCAAUAUUCGUAUUCGCGACUGUAUAUUGGCGUAGGAGGAAUUCAGGUUUGUUAAGAAAAAGCGAUGUCAUUUUGUUUCUAACAUUAUUUUUAAGUUUUAUUUUCUAAGUGAGCAUUUAAGAUAUAAGUAACUUACGGAAUACGAAUUAAGGUACUUAUUAUUAAAAUAAAAGAAUCCAUCGGAUUUCUUAAAUAUAUUAACAAGGAGACUGGUAUGUACUUUAUAUGUAACGACAGAUAUCAUGUAAAAAUAUAUUUACAUUCCCUUCUUAAGAUGUUCUAAACCGUACUACCCCGGGUGUGUACAACAUAUUGUGUUGAAAAUAAAAGAAAACCUAUACAGUAUUGAAA